GAACGCUCGUAGCGCAUCCCUAAUCGGUACGAUUUUCCGAACGCCGGCUACUGGCUGUUGAUAAAAAAAGUUUUUAGUCUAUGCGCUUUAAAAACAAACGCGAUUAAUGUUCCAAAUUUGAAUGCUGUCGCAGAAAAAAUGUGUAGUGACUUCGCGCUCUUUUGUUAAAAGUUUGCAAAUUCUUUUGUGGAAGUGUUUUGUUUUAUUUGGUGUUAAGUGCGUUAAAACUUUGUGAUUAAUUUGACUUGAAAAAGUUUGUGGUCAUCGUGGUUAAACAUUUUCGUUGUAUUCUUUGAUCGUAAAGAAAUUUGGAACUCAGCAUAAUGACCACUCUCUGGGGCUUGUAGGCGGAGGGAUGGCGCGCACGACCGCGGCAUGCCUUUUCACUGUGCAGUUUCUUUCAUGCAUAAUCGUAUGCCGCCAAGAUAGCAGUAGCAAUAGAUCGCGGGAGCAAAACUCCGUGUCCGAAUCUUCUAGAAGGUUCCGGACGGAGUUCCUAGAAGACUGGCCACACACCCCCGGCUCCCCGUACUUUGACCCAAGCACCCCAGAUAACGUGACCGGCUUAGUUGGUCACCCAGUCACGCUCCUGUGCAAAGUGAAAAAUUUACAGAAUCGCACCGUAUCAUGGGUACGUCACCGCGACAUCCACUUACUGACAGUGGGUCGCUACACGUACACGUCGGACCAGCGGUUCGAGGCGCAGCACAAGCCGCGCUCCGAGGAGUGGGCGCUGCGCAUCCGCAGUCCGCAGCGGCGCGACUCGGGCCAGUACGAGUGUCAGAUCUCCACCACGCCGCCUAUUGGCCACGCUGUCUACCUCAACAUUGUAGAACCAGAAACUGAAAUCAUGGGUGGUCCUGACCUAUUUAUCUACGCGGGAUCAACGAUUAACCUCACUUGUAUAGUCAGACACACGCCAGAACCACCAGGAGCCAUCAACUGGAGUCAUAGAGGAAAGACGAUAAACUUCGACUCGACCCGCGGGGGCAUCUCGCUGGUGACGGAGAAGGGCGUGCACAGCAGCAGCCGGCUGCUCGUGCAGGCGGCGCGCGCGGCGGACGCGGGCGCCUACCAGUGCGUGCCGGACAACGCGCAGCCCGCCGCUGUGCGCGUGCACGUGCUCACUGGUGAAAGUCCAGCGGCCAUGCAAGGAGGUGCUCAUUGGACGAGGAACUGUGGAUUUCCAACAAUUUUAAGUUUAAUAUGUGCGAUACAUCUAAGUAAACUUUUUACAAAUGUGAUCAAUAAAUGAACUUUUAAAAUUGUGUAUAAACGUUGUGUUUGAAUGAAUUUUACGAUAAAUACUAUUCCAUAAAUGUAACAAAUUCCAUUUAUAAAUUAAAAGAUGUAAAGAUAGUAUAUAAUAAUAAUAAUUAUACGAUUGUGAAAAUUAUUUAAAGACCCUGUUUAUAUUUAUUUUAUAUGCUCGGUUAUUAUGUUCAGAACCUUUACAUUAAAUUGUUUGCUUCAAUUUUAUAACAACUUACGUAAUGUUUAUAUUUGUUUAUUUUCAAUGUUUUGAUUCAUUAUCUAUUCUUAUAACAUAAUUUAUUGCUCGAUAACAAACAAUGUAUUAAAACCACGGACAUUUGAAUUUUUUUAAAUACAUUCGUUAUGAGAUAAAAAUAUAAUUAAAAUUUAAUUUACCAAUAUUUUGAAAGCAUAAGUUCCAUCAUUAUACUUUUUAAUCAUUAUCAUAACCUUUAUUUGCCAUACCAACAUGUGAAUGUUCCUUAACUAAUAAGGAUUUAAAAUACGCAAAGGAACUGAAUAUAAUAGCCAAAAUAAUUUCCAAAAAAAUAUUGUGUGAUGUAAAACAUCGAAAUUGUAAGCAUCUGUGCCAAUGCAUGGAUUUAUAUCCUAUGUGUCAGGGUAAAUUUUGUUUAUAUUCGACUCCACUGUUGUAGUAAAUCUAUGUAGUAUAUCUAUAGUAUAGACAUAACAUUGUUUUCAAACUCAAAGUUGAUUUCAAUAAAUGAUAAGUUUUUU